AUGGGAUAAGUAUUUACUAAAUAAAACGAUUAAGCAAAUAUUUAAUAAAAAAACACAUAAAUAAAGAUUCCAAUAAUAAAUUCUCUUUAAAAGAGAAUAAAUAACGAUAAUUAAUUUAAAAUUUCAUAAAGCCAUUUAGAUUUACAUAAUAAUGAAAUAUUUUCAUUCACAACAAAAACAGAUUUAAUAACCGACAUUAUAUUACCAAGACCUAGCAUAGAUCUUUAAAAUUAUGAAAAUAAAUUAAUAGAAUAAAAUACAAAUUUUUAAGAUUCUUAAUUUCCCCCUUAAAUUUAAAGCCUUACAAAAGAUUUAAAAUCUUUCUAAAGUGCCUAAAAAUACUAAUGGAAGCGUAUACACGAGUUCCUUUAAAAUCCAAAAAUAGUAAGCAAAGGAAUAUAGCCAAACAACAUUAAAUAAGGCGAGUUAGGAAAUUGUUAUUUUUUAUCUUCCCUUUUUUGCAUAGCUAAAAAACCUUUUUUAAUUGAAAGACUUAUAUAAACAAAAUAAAUAAAUAAAUAAGGACUUUAUGUAGUUUGGAUUUGCAAAGAUGGUGAAUGGCAAUAAGUUUUAUUAGAUGACUUUUUUCCAUGUAUUGAGAAAGAUAAUGUUUUCUAUCCUGCUUUUUCGUAGUCUAAUGAGAAUGAAAUUUGGGUACUUCUUUUAGAAAAAGCUUAUGCCAAAGUAUAUGGAUCUUAUGAAUAAAUAGAAAGAGGAUUAUCUGGACACUUUACUCAUGAUUUAACUGGGGCACCUUAUUUUUAUUUGAUAAGGGAUUCUUAAGGUGGAUUUGAUAUGGAAGAAUUAUGGAGACUGUUAUAUAAUGGAUUAAUUGAAAAUAAUUAUAUAAUAACUGCUAGUUUUGAGAACAAUAAUAAUGAAAUAGCUUAAAAAAAAGAAGCUUUAUUCGGAAUUACAUCAGCACAUUGCUAUAGCUUGCUUGAUGUGAAAGAAAUAAUUGAUUCAGAAGGAAAAAAUAAUAAAAUUAUUUAAGUCAGGAACCCUUGGGGAGUUUUCAAAUGGAAAGAGGAUUAGAGUGAUAAUUCGAAAAAAUUGACUUCUGAUUUUAAAAAAUAAUUAGAUGUAUAAGAAAAUGAUGGAACUUUUUGGAUUAAUUUGAACGAUUUUGUUUAAUAAUUUAGAUAGGUUUGUGUUUCUAAAGUUAAUGAAAAAUAUAAAUAUUCUAGUAUUAAGUGUUGUCAUAUUUAAGAAAAAUUGAAUGUGAAACUAUUUAGUAUGAAGGUUAAUUCUUAAUGUCAAGGAAAUGUCGGAAUUAGCUAAAAUGAUUAAAGAAAUUUUUCAGAAAAUAAAAAUUAUUAGUAUUCGAUGGUAAGACUUAUGGUUUUUAGAAUAGAAAAUAAUUAAAUUAAAUAAUAUAUUGGAGGUGAGUUUGAUUGUGAAAGAGAUAUUUCAUUCGAAGCAUUGUUUUAAGAAGGAAUUUAUUUAGUAUAUGUUGAAUUUGAUUGGAUACAAAAUGAUGUUAGGGAGUUCGUUUUGUGGAAUUAUGGAGAAUAAUUAGUUGAAUUUAUUGAAAUUAAUAACAAUAUUAGUUAAGAAAGUUUAAUUGAAGAUAUAUUUUAAGUUCAUGCAUUAAGUGAAGAUGUUAAAAGAGUACAUAAAUAUAAUUAAUAAAUAAAAAGAAUAACAGGAUAAGUUUGUGGAUAUGUGUAUUUUAUUUAUUAAAAUAAUUCGUACGAUAUUUAUUUAAAGGAAUAAUUAUAAAUGAAAAAUAUUACGUUUCUUAAUAUUUGUCCUCCUCAUACUUACUAAGAUUAAAUUAAAAUAAAUAUAAAACCAGGUGAUUAAUAGAUUGUUAAAUUUAAAGUAGAUGCUAAAGGUAGAGGAGUAUAUAAAUAUUAAAGUAGUUUAAGUUAUAUUUUAUUAUAAGAUUUGAGAGAUGUAACUGAGUAGAAACUAAUUUAAAUGUCACAUUUUUAACCUUCAAAGGUUAAGUAGAGAGAAAUGCAUGGGAAAUUUAUGAAGGUUUUUGUACAUACUUUUGUAUAUUAUGGAGGUAUGUGCUUUUUAUAUAUUAAUAAAACUUCUUCUAAGGUUUAUGUCGAAGAUUUAUAAAUAGGGCUUGUAAAUUUGAGAUGCGAAAAAUAUGAUAUCGAUGAUAUUAUUCAUAUUGAAGUUUAGCCCUAAUAAUAAUUCUUGAUUAAUUUUAAAACUAUUGAUAUUGAUAAAGAUAUUGCUUAUAAACCGAAAAUGACCUAUUUUCUAAGAUGA